AUGGUGGUGGUUGCAUUCUCGUUGCCACUGCACGUGGCGUUGGCCGAAAAUGCAGCGGACUCUCUGAUGAGAUUCAAAACCGCCCUAACGAAUACUGAUCGGUCGCUAGCAAAUUGGAAUCCGUCGACGAAUCCAUGCAUAGGCAAGUGGGCAGGCGUACUCUGUUACAACGGGUACGUGUGGGCGCUGCAGCUCGAUAACAUGGGCCUGCAAGGUCAGAUCGACGUGGACUCCCUGGCCGAGCUGUCUUACCUGCGCACGCUCAGCUUCAUCAACAAUAACUUCCAGGGCUCCAUGCCCAACUGGCGCAAACUGGGCAUCCUCAUGUCCCUGUAUUUGUCGGACAACCACUUCUCCGGCCAGAUCGCUAAUGAUGCUUUUGAAGGCAUGGAGUCGUUGAAGAAGGUAUAUCUCUCCGACAAUAGUUUCACUGGCCCCAUCCCUGGGUCUCUGGCGUCACCUAGGAUGGUUGAGGUCGGCCUCGACAACAACCACUUCUCCGGGGCUAUACCUGCUAUCCACUCGCAAAACCUUCAGGUCUUCAACGUCUCCAACAAUGACCUGCAGGGUCCCGUCCCUCCAUCUCUCCUCAAAUUGGAUCCAUCCUCCUUCACAGGCAACAAAGCCUUGUGCGGGGGGCCCAACGGACCGUCCUGCAACCUUCCGAAGCCCCCUCCGGAUCUGGAGCCGAUUCUUCACCAUCGUCCUUCUCCUCCUCCUGGUUUGCGUAAAAAAUCAUCUGUUUCUCCGGCAAUAAUAGCCAUAAUCAUACUCAGCAUCAUGCUGAUUUUGCUUCUCCUCCUGCUGCUGCUUCUGCUCUGCCGGUGGAUACUCUUCGAAGAUGAUGACGAUGGCGAUGAUGUUGUAAAGCCGCAACAGAAGGAUAUGAUGAGUCCUCUGCCGGUAGGGGCACUGUCUAUAUCAAUAGACGGGAGAGGCGAGCAGCAGAGGCAGAGGCAGCAACAAGCGAGCAAGCUCUCCUUUGUUAAGGAGGACAGACAAAAGUUCGACCUGCAGGACCUGAUGAGAGCAUCCGCAGAAGUGCUAGGAUCCGGAAGCUUCGGGUCAUCGUACAAAGCAGUGCUGGUGGACGGGGACGCAGUGGUUGUCAAGAGAUUCAAGCAAAUGAACAACAUAACCAAGGAAGACUUCCACGAACACAUGAAAAGACUUGGCAGACUCAAACACCCCAACCUGUUGCCCUUAGUAGCAUACUUAUACCGCAGAGAAGAGAAGCUAGUCGUUUUGGACUUCGUCCAAAAUAACAGCUUGGCGAAGCACCUCCACGACGAUGGAAAACGGCCUAAGGAGUGGCCGAAGCCACUCAGCUGGGAAAGCCGCUUAAAAGCUAUUAAAGGAGUAGCGAGAGGGCUGGCUUAUCUCCACGCAGAGCUGCCAAGCCUAAACGCCCCUCACGGCCACUUGAAGUCAUCCAACGUCAUGCUAGAUAGAAACUACAAUGCGCUGCUCAUGGACUACACGCUCAGCCCCAUCGUCAACCCCAGCCAGAUCAGCCAAGCGCUCGUGGUGUACAGAUGCCCUGAAUACGCCCAAACCGGCCGGAUUGGCAGGAAAUCCGACGUAUGGUGCUUGGGGAUUUUGAUACUGGAGACGCUGACGGGGAAGCCGGUUGACAAGUACAUGGGUGCAGACUUAUUGAAAUGGGUGAAAGGUAUCGUAGAGGAAGCGGAAGGGAGAGGUGCAAUGGUGUUUGACAAGAGUAUGGAGACGAGUAAGCGGUCACAGCUGGAGAUAAACAUGCUUUUGCAGAUAGGGAUAGCAUGUUGCCAAGAGGACCUGGACAAGAGGUUAGGUUUGGAGGAGGCAGUCACAAGAAUUGAGCAACUGCAAGAGUAAUAUGCCUACAUUUACUUGCACCCUUCAUAAAGAUGGAAUUGAGAAUAAAAAAAAAAAAAAAAAAAAAAAAAAAAAAAAAAAAAAAAAAAAAGUGAGACUAUUGGCCUCAAAUAUAGUUUAAAUAGCAUAACAUCGAUUUCAAGUGUUUAGUGUUUAUUAGAAACAAAAAGGGAGGAGGAGACUGCACCAUGAUGUUUCAUGUGGAGUCAUUUCACAAGUAAUAAAAUAUUGCUUUGCAUCUGAAUCAAACUCUGCUGGAAAAUCUGUAUUCUGAUUCAACACGCAACAGGCAUUUUUAUGAUGAAAAUGGAAUUCAGAUAGUA